CUGAAUGACAUAUGUGGUGUAGGAGAAAAUUGUUUAUUUGGUAAUAUUCUAAUUGUUUUAGGAGGAGACUUUGCACAAAUUCUUCCUGUAGUUCGAAAGGGUAAUCGAGGUACUACUGUAGAGGCCUGCUUGAGAAGGUCAUUUAUUUGGCCAAAGUUGAAAAUCCUUUUAUUACAUCAAAAUAUGCGGGUCAGAAACAGAAAUGAUGAUCAAGAGUUUGCAACUUGGUUAUCUCACAUGUCCUACUCACCUGAGUAUCAAGGUACUAUCUCUCUUUCAGAGUUCAUU